AUGAAAUAAGUAUUGAUGUCCAUUCAUAAUAACGAUUUAGUUAAAAGAUCUUAGAAUGAAAGCUUAAAUAUAACUCAGAAGAAUAAAGAAGAUUAUUCAUAGAAGAUGAUCGAUCAUUCAAAUAUUCACCAUUCUUCUUUUUUCUUAUAAAUGGAGUUUUGUUCUUUAAACUCCAUCUUGAAAUGCUAAACAAGAAAUUAUGUAGACUAUCUUAGUGAGAUAUUUCUGGAGUAUUUAUUUUUAAUGUCAAAAGUAGUUUAGUUAAUAACCUUUUUAACAGGAAUGGCAGUAAUUAAGGUUAUUUAGAUUGUGAUUCUAAUUCUUUACGAGAUAUCUUAUAUUAGUAAAGUAGAGUUCUUGUGUGUGUUUCAAUAAAGAAUCCUUGCAAAUACCAUUUUGGAGUGA